UGCCUUGUAGCGGGGUACUUUCAUCCGUUUUAACUUUUUCACUUUGUAUAAUGCCAGUAAAUGAAGAGCAGGCAGAGUGAGAAUGGCCCGUGUCAAGUGGUUUCUCCAGUGCACUGGUCAGUCCUUGUUAAAGGUUUAUUUUAUCACAUCAUGCCUGGAAAUCUGGCUCUUCUCUUCAUAUAUUGCUGGUGUCUCCGCUCAAGAUAAUAACAUCACCUGUUCUGUACCACCUGUACAUCUACAUCAAGACACUGUUCUCACCUGUCACUUUCCUGAGGACAUUAGCGUCACAAAGAAAGACUUCAGUGUGUACCACUACAAUAAGGGUGCUGACUCAGAUGCUGUGUUAGACUGCUGGUGGAUCAGUGCUAACAUGGAGUGCGUUAUACUCCCGGGGUAUGCCUACAACAAGACAGUUAACACUGAGCUGACUGUUGUUAUCAGAAAUGUCACCUCAUCCCACACAGGCAUCUACGCUUGUCAAGUGGCCGGCUAUCCAACAGAUUCGUUUGUAACUUGUCAGUUCAAUACAUUACAGGUCAACAGCUCUUCGGAGACUGAACUACCUUCGGAAGAAAGACCUCAAAGUGGAAGUCAAAUUUUCAAGCCAAUCGUGAUUGGCCUGUCAGUAGGGCUAACUGUAACAAUGUUAAUUGUUGGCCUUCUGUUCUUACUCAACCGCAAAAGGCGCGCGACUGUGAAUUUGGAUGCUGUUAGGAAAGACGCGGACCAGAUGUCACUGAUGGAGGGAACGCCUAUGAUUGACAGAAAAACAAAUCCUAAUCAAAAACAAAUGAGAGAUGAAGUGACACAGAAGUUCCAAGAACAUUUGGCAAAUAAAACCAAAGAAAUGUACCCGAACAUAUUAGACGCCUUCUAUUUUGUGCCUCCGAUCUACUUCAACAAAAUUAAAUACGCAAAACAAUCUGUGGCCAAUCAAGAUGUUUACAUCCCUGCCCUCCCUGACAGGAAUGAAGUCAGACACGACCUCGCCAUGCGGCACGUGCUGCACUGCUUACGUCACGUGGCAGAACGCGGACAGGAAAAAAUGUUUGUCUUAACACAGUUUGAGUACAAAGACUAUUUAAACAAUGUCAGCUGUGACUAUGAGGGACAUGCCUUGCCUGUUGUCACUAGUCUGCCACAGGAGGCAGAGGACACUGGUUCUUUCGACUUUCUCAUCAUUCAUCGACAUCAUGGCGUCUUUGCUGGAGUGGUCAAAGUUCUCAGAGACGACCAGAAAAAGGGAAGAGAUGUAGGCACUAGUAAUGUGGUAAACGAAGUAUCCAGCGGCCUGAAGAAAUUCAAGAAAACAUGUCACAUCGUGUCCUAUCUAAUGUCAGAUCAGCACGAACGUCUGAAGAUAAGACAACUCUUGGUUCUGUUCAACAUUAAACAGUCAACUUUUCAAAAGUCCCUCACCACUCAAAAGGAAUUGCUUGAGAAACUAAAGAUGUGCUGGCCUAUUUGCCUCGGACGACUGUCUGACCACAACAUCCAUCAUGGGGUUGAUUCUGCAUCAUUAACUCAGUUUGAAAAACAGUGGGAACAUGUAAAUACUCAGAAACAAGAUGCUUACAGAAUGAACUACGAACUGUAUUUAACCAUGAUAGCCAGAUUUUGUGGACCUGCCACUAUUUCUAGUCUUUCAUGUGAGACAACUCAGCCAAGUGAGUCAUUUUCGUACCAGUUACCUAAAACUCUGGACCAAGCAGUGUCCCUGACCGGCGAUAUGUUUGAGCGAUUCACCCUGUACCCGGGUAUGACAAACCUGCUUGACAAACAUCGGAUCUGUCUGGCUGGACCACCUGGAACUGGAAAAAUCAAAUUGUUGGCUUUAGUUGUACGAAAAUGGAUAUCUGAGGGUCAUGAUGUAAAAAUAGUUUACUCUUCACCGGAUGAUGUUGUUGCAGUCAAGGAGUUCAGAAGGAGACUACACAGUAUAAAUCCAUCACAAAUUCCAAUUGACAAGGAGGAUAAUGUCAAGAAUAUCAUUGAGAUUCUCAAGGAAAAGGCAGAGAAUCGUCUUGUCUUUGCUAUUUUAGAUAAGAUUGAUUUUCAAAAGUUGAGAGGAAAAAGUUUCAAAUAUUUUCUUUCAAAACUUGGCAAGUCAUCGAACGUGCACGUGUGGAUGGCUGUCUGCACCACUGAACACUUGGAUACCAAACAUUCCAAACUACACUUUGCUACAGUUGCAGUCAGUUGCCCCCAGUCAAUACUGAGACAAGUGCAGCAGGAAGAUGUGUCCUUUCUAGAACACUACAAAGACAGUGAAUACCCGGCUCCCACGGAAGGUCCACCAGUGAAGAACAUUUACCACGUAGGUGAUGGACACUUAUUAGAAGAGCUACCCCAUGGGUGUAAGUGCUGUGCGAAAAAUAUAUCAGACUUUUUGACACAGACACUUUGUAUUGGUGCUGAUGAUCAAAACAACACCGCCAUCUCACAGGAAAGAAACCUACAUGACAUAGAACAAGUUUCCCGUCUGAGAUACAGAGACGUUUUAUUUCUGUUUGAAUGUGAUGUGGAUAAAGACACACCGAUGGUGAAAUCUCUCCAGACCUCAGGUGUCCAGAUGAAUAUAAUCAGCAAUACUGACCAGAAUUAUACUAUCGAGGAUGACACCGACAUCGCUUUGGUAGCAAAAGCUGGUCAACUACUUGGACUUAAAAGAAAAGUCGUGGUGUAUGUAAAGGGUGGUGUGGACAUGGAUGAUGCCAGUGCCAGGUGGAACAGAGUUCGCGGCAUCACAAGCUGCACCUCACAGCUGGUCCUGGUCUCUACACCUCAGUCUUGAGAGGUGUGCCACUGUUCAAACUUACGACCAUCAACUGCUAAACAGAAAACUGAACGAUGAUGUAACAAAUAUUUUACAUACUAUUUAGUAAUCCUGAACUCUUGUUUCUCUGGAGUAUAUGCGACUUUUUUAUUUAAAACGGGAAUAGACAAUAAUAAAAAUGAUAUAAAGAUUGCAUUAAUUUGUGGUUUUAUUUCAGCUUUAAACUGUAAACGUGUGUUGAAACUUUUCUAAAUUUUGUAUGUGUACUCGUACAUUUGUAUACCUACAAUGACGUAGAUUAAACAACUGCCAUUUACUGUAUUUUAACCUGCCAUCAUGUCUAACAGGAUAAGAAAUUUUUUUUUUUACUUGAGAUAAAUGCAUUUAAAGUAAAAGUUAACGAUUUUUUUAAUUACAAGGAGUAAAUAAAAUUGUGUUAAUCAGAAUAAUUGGCCAGUGUAAAGUUCCCUGUCUUCGCUGUGUGUGUUUAUGAGGUCAAGGGGCGGGUUGUGUUUGUUGACUGUAUUUAAGAGCUUUUACAGGUAGGUAUCUGUGAGUAAAGAAAACAUUUUUAUCCUCGUAUUUACAAACAAUAACCUUUUAUGCUUGUUGGAAAGGGCGAAAAUUUUUGUUGUUUAAAUACGAUGCUAACGGUGGGAGACAAACGCAUUUACAUAGAGAGUAAUGAAUUAUGUGCAUGACAUAUAGUUUUAUCAACAUUAUAAACCUUUAAUUUACCAGUUUCGUGCAAAUGUGUGAUUGUGACAACAAGAACUUUAGUAUAAUCAUUAUCAUUAUAUAACUAUGUUUAGAAUUCAUUAUUGGUCAUAACUUGUUUCGCACCUACAAGACGCUUUGCUUGAUUUUCCACACCAUUAAAAGUUUUCCU